GAAAAGAUCGCGGAACAGCAAACCUCUUCCUCUACAAUACUUAUUUUUGAAGCAAAUAUUUAAUUUAUAGAUUGGGAUUUACCCUACUUGCCUGCUGCCUAAUCCAUAGCCAACCUCUUUUUCGAACCCUCCGUGAACCCGUUACUCGCGCGAAAGCCAAUCCAUCCGUCCUACAGCCGAAGCACCAUGGCAAAAGGCGCUCGGUCAAGCGUUAAAAAGCGUAAUAAGGCAAACCUACGAGCCAAAGUGUUUGGGCCUGUUGCGGACCAAAGAACAGAAAGACUUUCGGCGAAGCUUCAAGAAUUGGCCUCCAAGACUUCUGUGAAGGAUACAGAUAUGGCAGAUGCAGAUUUUACUCUGAUCGAAAAGCUAGAUCACGCUUCAACUAAUAUGGACAUUGAUGAGAAUUCUGGUGAUUCCAAGCCAGAGUCCAGUGGUACGGGCCGAAUCCAAAAAAGAGUCCGCAGAAAGACACGGCCUUCAAUUACGUUUAAACCACACCCUGGCAAGGUGAAGAGGUCGUCUAAAAAGAAAUGACGAUGUAUAAACCGGUUAUGGUGCUCUCUCGAUUCUUUGAUCGCGCUUACGAAUACUAGAGGCAUUUGGUUUUAAUGGAGUUUUGGAUAACGGAGGGAAUAUCAAAAGCGUUCAGCUAUGUUCAAUAUAAUUUUUCUUAGGGAUUAGCGAAUCGAGAUCGACUUCCCAGUACUUCAA